AUGCCAUACUUCUCUAUCUCUCAUGAGCUAAUACAUUUGACGGAAUUGAAACUAAGUAAGUGCAAAUUUGUUGAGAUAAUAUGUGUGUCACUCUUGAAGAGUCUACAGCACUUGGAACUAAACAGAUUGGACAGGCUGGUUAAGAUUCAAGGUUUGUCAAAAUUGGCAUCCUUGCUGUACUUUCGUAUUUCUGACUGCUAUAAGAUAAAGAGGUUACCGAACUUAAAAAAGUUGCAUAAGCUGCAACAUAUUGAGGUAGAAGCUUGUCCAGAAAUAAAAGUGAUUGAGGGAAUCAAGGGCUUAGAAAGUUUGGUGUUGGAUAAUCGUGGUUGCACUGUACUAGAGAGAUUGCUGGAUGUCUCAAGAUCAACUUGGAUUUCCCACAAAGUACCAGAGUGCCAGGUUUUCCUGAGUUUUAAUGCACCGGACACUUCUUAUAGCAUUGUCGAUGUCCUUUACAAGAAAUUGGUUCGCAACCAAAUUUCAGUUUUCAAGGAUGACGACAUAUUGAGCUCUGGUGAUGGAAUUGGCGAAGAGCUUCCACAAGCACUCGACAACUCCCAAAUCUACAUACCCUUUUAUCUAAGAACUAUGCUUCUAGCUGGUGGUGUCUCCGUUGAUGAUGUUAAUCUUAAAAGUGCUUUGUACAAAAGUGCCCUAGAUAAGCACAGGUGGAAAUUUGGCAACGAAGUGGAGGAAUGGGAAAUGGCUCUAAGAGAGAUCGUGCACACAAGGCGGUUCAACAUGAAUCGUAACAGCCAUGGAGAGCUAAUUGAAUCGGUUAUUAGAGAGGUUUUAUGUAAACUUAGGGGCAAAAAUGUGGAUGUGCCUGAACAUUUGAUUGAGGAUCAUAGUCAGAUAAAAGCGAUAAUAGAUAAGUUGGAUGUUGACUCUGGUGGGGUGCGUUUUGUUGGCAUACAUGGAAUGGGUGGUAUUGGUAAAACAACACUUGCGAAGGUUGUGUUUAACAAAUUACUUCUUCAGUUUGAUGGUGUUAGUUUCCUACAAAACAUUCGAGAAUCAUCCCAACAUAGUCUUGGUCUUGUAAACUUGCAGAAAGAGUUAUUAUCAAGUGUUCUUGGUUCUAGGGAUACUGUCCAAAUUGAAGACAUAGGCGAUGGGAUGAAUCAGAUCAAGAGAGUAUGUAGGACUAAAAAGGUCCUCAUUGUUCUUGAUGAUCUAGAUAAGAAAGAGCAACUCCAAAAGCUAGCUGGAAAAUCUGAUUGGUUUGGUUUGGGUAGCAGGAUCAUUAUCACAACUAGGGACGAAAGUAUCUUGAUGGCUCAAGUGGAAUCAUUUGGUGAAGUGGUCCUAAAUCAACCUAAAGGAAUUUUGGCUCAUGAAGUUUAUGAAAUGGAAUUUGGUCAAGCAUUUCAAUUGUUUUGUGAGCACGCAUUCAAAAGGGACUCUCCCGUAAAAGGAUAUAAGCAUCUUGCGGAGAAAAUUGUCCAUGGAGUGGGAAUGCUUCCUCUAGCUAUUGUGGAGAUAGGUUCAAUUCUUUGUUUCAGUCAUGAAAUUGGAGAAUGGGAAGAUAAGUUGACACCAUUGAAUAAAGGUCCUCUGAAGGUUGUCCGCGAUGCAUUAAUGAUAAGUUAUGAAGGAUUGGCGGAUGAGGAAAAAGAAGUAUUUUUGGGUAUUGCUUGCUUUUUCACCAACAAUGACCAAACAUAUCCAGAUAUCAUGUGGGAUGACUAUCAGAGUGCAAUUAGUGUCCUCCACCAACGGUCCUUGAUAAAAAUUAGAGAUAAAAAAUUUUGGAUGCAUGACCAAUUGCGAGAUUUGGGAAGGAGCAUCAUAGUUGAAUAUCCUCACAAAUUUAGUAGGUUGUGGAUUCAUGAGCAUGCUAUAGCAAUGCUAUGGGAGAGAAAAGAGAGAAAUCAAGGUCUGGAAGCACUAAGCCUGACUUCCAAUGGUGGCUGGAGGAGCAUCUAUAUGGUUGAAGAAUUAGCUGCUACAUCAAAAUUAAGGUUCCUUAGAGUGAAAGGCUUGGAUGGCAUCUUCGAGAAUGUUCUUCUGAAGCUAGAAAGGCUUUUUGGGGAAAAAUGGGGAACGGCUUUCCAUGCAAAUAACUUUCACUUCAAUAAUUUGGUUAUGCUCGACCUUUCGAAUAGCAAUAUUGGAGAUGGUUGGGGUGGGUGGAGCCAAAUGAAGAUGGCAAAAAAGCUGAAAGUAUUGGACUUGGGAAAUUGCAAACACUUAACAAGGACACCUGACUUGUCUGACUUCCUAGAUUUGGAGAUAUUUAUACUUGCUGGCUGCUCCAAGUUAAUUACGGUUGAUUGCUCCAUUAGUAAGCUACGGCUCUUAAAAACUCUGAAUAUGGAUGGAUGUGACUCUGUUGAGGAGUUGCCUGAAGAGGUUGGUUCUUUAGAAUCUUUGACAGAGUUCUUCUUCUCCGGAUCUUCCAAAUUGGUCACGCUUACGGAGAGUUUUAGGAAUUUGAAAUCUUUGUCAAGCUUCAGUGUAAAUUAUUGCAAGGGAAUGAACAAACUCUCGAACUCUAUCGGAGGAUUAGCAAAAAUCACAUGUUUCUCUUUAAAAGGAUGUGAGGGGAUAAAGAAGCUCCCACACACUCUUUGGGGCUUAGAAUUAUUGGUCAAGUUGGAUUUGUCAUUCUUGGGGAUAGACAGUCUCCCUGAUUCUAUUGGAAAUCUGAAGAAACUCAAAGUCAUCAAGGUGGGACAUACAAAGUUAAAAAGGUUACCAGACGCAAUUGGACAGCUAGAGAUGCUCGAAGAGUUACAUUGCCCAAAGUGUCUAGAUCUAUCAGGUGAAGUCCCAAAUUCUAUCGAGAAUCUUUUCCAUUUGCAAAUCUUGGACUUGUCAUGUACUCAUAUUUCUGGUUUGCCUGACACAAUCACUCAUCUCUCUCACUUGGAAGAGUUACAUGUUCGAGAAUGUAGGGAUCUUACGAGUGAAAUCCCAGAUGCAAUUGGUGAACUAUCUUGCUUGAGGAUCUUGGACUUCUCUAGCACUUGUAUUUUUGGUUUGCCGGCCACGAUCACUCAUCUCUCUCACCCGGAAGAGUUACAUGUCCAAGAUUGUCGGGAUCUUAUGAGGGAAAUCCCAGAUGCAAUUGGGGGACUAUCCCGCUUGAGGAUUUUAGACUUCUCUAGAACUGGUAUUUUUGGUUUGCCUGCCACAAUCUCUCAUCUCUCUCACCUAGAAGAGUUACGUGUCCAAGGUUGUUGGAAUCUACCAAGCCAAAUACCGGAUGCAAUCGGGGGACUAUCCCGCUUGAGGAUCUUGGACUUCUCUGGUACUUGUAUUUCUAGUUUGCCUGCCACGAUCACUCAUCUCUCUCACCUAGAAGAGUUACGUGUCCGAGAUUGUGGGGAUCUUAUGGGUAAAAUCCCAGAUGCAAUUGGUAGACUAUCCCACUUGAGGAUCUUGGACUUCUCUGGUACUUGUAUUUCUGGUUUGCCUGCCACGAUCACUCAACUCUCUCACUUGGAAGAGUUACAUGUCCACGGUUGUCGGAAUUUUACGAGCAAAAUCCCAAAUGCAAUUGACAGACUAUCCUGCUUGAGGAUCUUGGACUUCUCUGGUACUUGUAUUUCUGGUUUGCCUGUCACGAUCACUAAUCUCUAUCACCUGGAAGAGUUACGUGUCCACGGUUGUGAGAAUUUUACGAGCGAAAUCCCAAAUGCAAUUGGCGAACUAUCCCGCUUGAGGAUCUUGGACUUCUCUGGUACUUGUAUUUCUGGUUUGCCUGUCACGAUCACUAAUCUCUAUCACCUGGAAGAGUUACGUGUCCACGGUUGUGAGAAUUUUACGAGCGAAAUCCCAAAUGCAAUUGGCGAACUAUCCCGCUUGAGGAUCUUGGACUUCUCUGGAUUGCAAGGAGCUUCGACUAAUGCCAUAGCUUCCCUCGAGUUUGAUAAGCCUUAUCCUUGA